GGUUAUCAACGCUGAGAAGUCAGAGUUCAACGAGGACCAGGCGGCCUGCUGUCAGAUCUCCAUCCGGAGGAGAGAGCUGGGCCUGGAGGAGGACGAGGAAUGGCUGAUCCUGUGCUCCACACAGUUUCUGACUGGUUACUACUGGGCGCUGUUUGAUGGCCAUGGUGGCCCAGAAGCUGCCAUCAUCGCCUCCAACUAUUUGCACUACUGCAUCAAGCAGAAGCUGGAGGACAUUGUGGGGGGCAUCACAGAGGCUCGUCCCCCCAUGCAUCUGAGCGGACGCUGCGUCUGUGACAGCGACCCCCAGUUUGUGGAGGACAAGCACAUCCACGCAGAAGACCUGGUGGUGGGAGCCCUGGAGAAUGCCUUCCAGGAAUGCGAUGAAGUCAUCGGCCAGGAGAUGGAAGCUACAAACCAGACGGGAGGCUGCACUGCUCUGGCUGCCUUUUAUUUCCAGGGAAAGCUCUAUGUGGCUAACGCUGGGGACAGCAGGGCGAUUCUUGUUCUGAAGGACAACGUUGUGCCCAUGAGCUGUGAGUUCACACCCGAGACAGAGAGGCAGCGAAUCCAGCACUUGGCUUUUCUCUUCCCCAAGCUCUUGGAUGGUGAGUUCACACGCUUUGAGUUUCCACGGAGGUUGAAGGCAGACGAUGUGGGCCAGAAAGUCCUGUACCGGGAUUACUUCAUGGAGGGCUGGGGAUACAAGACAGUGGAGAAAGCUGACCUCAAGUAUCCUCUUGUCCAUGGUCACGGGAAGCAGGCUCGCUUGCUGGGGACUCUGGCUGUCUCUCGAGGUCUGGGGGAUCAUCAACUCAAAGUCAUCGACACCAACAUUGAAGUCAAACCUUUCCUCUCCUGCAUUCCCAAGGUGAAUAUAUUUGACUUUGCUCUGCAUGAUGUUAAGGAAGAUGAUGUCCUCAUCAUGGCAACUGAUGGCCUUUGGGAUGUUCUGUGCAAUGAAGAGGUGGCCCAUAUGGUCAGGAGCUUCCUUGCAGAAAACAGGACAGAUCCUCACAGAUUUUCAGAACUGGCCAAGAGCCUGGUAUGCAGAGCAAGGGGAAAGAAGAAAGGCCACCAGUGGAUGCUGGAUGACAGCCACGAGGCGUCCUACGACGACAUCUCUGUAUUUGUCAUCCCAUUACACAACAGGGAUGAGGACUGA